CUCGGGAUAAGAUCGAACACGAUGGCACCUGGUUUCAAGAGAUAUAUUCAAGAGGAACAGCACAAACAAAAAGGAUCAUAACCUAAAACUUUGGUUUUUCGCUUUUGAGGAACCAAGAAACCCUCACGAUCUUCCCAGCAUAACACAGGAUGGCUGGAAGAGGUCACGGACCUCGCCAUGUUAUGAACAGUCGCCGUGGUCAUCCUAAUGCCCAAGAAGUGCCAUUUAUCCGUGGUCCUGCUCCUCGUCCACCCCACCCUGUGUUGCUUGAGGAAGAGCUUGAAUUGCAGCACAUCGAAAUCCAGAGACUUUUGGCGGAUAACCACAGGCUGGCUGAUGACCGUGCUGGAAUGCAGCGGGAGGUGGGUGUUCUGAAGGAGGAACUCCAUCAUAUGAACAUUGUUAUUGCAGAUUUGAAGGCAGAAAAAGAGGCACAGUGCAGGGAGCUGCUUGAGAAGGUAUUGAAGUUGGAAGCUGAUGUUAGAGCAAGCGAACCUUUAAGAAAUGAGGCAAUACAGCUCCGCAAAGAAGUUCAAAAGCUAAAUGUCCUAAGACAAGACCUCACUGGGCAAGUUAAUACUCUUACAAAGGAAUUGGCUGUUGUGCGGUCUGAUAACCAGCAAAUUCCUCACCUGAGGUCAGAGAUUGAGGGCCUCCAACAAGAGCUUAUGCAUAUCAGGAGGGCAUUUGAGUAUGAGAAGACAAGAAAUGUGGAGCUUAUGGAACACAGACAAACAAUGGAAAAAAACAUGGUUUCAAUGGCGCGAGAAAUUGAAAUGCUGCGAACUAAUAUGGGAAAUGCUGAAAGGAGACCUAUGGGAGGUGGUCGCGCUUACGGAAUGAAUCAUGUUAAUCCCGAGGGCGCUUAUCCUCUAUCUUUUGGGAGCGCUUACAACCCUCACUCGGGUGUUGCUGAGCAGGGUCCUUCAUAUGGUGCUGGGUCUGGACCAUGGGGAGGCUUUGAUAAGUCUCGUCCACCACCUCGCCAUUAGAUCUCUCCAGCUAAAUGCUUUUUUUAGUACAAAUAGAAUAUUUGGUACUUUCUUGUGGUUUUCAAUAUUUUAUGGUUAGUUGGUGAAUGCUUGUUUGGUAUUCUCCAUAAUGAGUUCUGGAUUCUUAUAAGUUAUAAACUAACAUGUUUUAUUUCUUCCAUUAUGAUUCUAUGCAAAGAAUGAUGCUAUCAACAUAUUUUGGUGACUGGAGGUGGUUCUGCCUUUUCUGAGCUUGUCUUUUGUAUUUGUUAAAAAGUUCGUUUACUGUUUAUUUACCUUGAUUACUAUCAAUUUUGCGGUCCCUUAGAUUAUGUUCCAUAAAUGAGUGGCUUAUAUUUGGUUCGCGUAGGAGAAACUUUCUAUCACUUUCAGCAGUUGCCACUCUAAAUUAGAAUUUGUGGCUUUUUAAUGGUAGAUUUGGCACCAAAGUUUCAGAUGCCUUACUAGGGUGUUGAUUGUAGUAAUUUGGUUGUGAGUAUUUCUUAAUUGCCUUACAGUAACAAUUUGGAUCUUGAGAUGGUUGAUUUAUCUUUGUAGUGUUCUAGAAGGAUCAACUCUUGGAAUGGUUGAUUCAUGUACAUUCCCAAUUUGGAAUGAUUUGAGAAGCUGCUAGAACUUAUAAGGCUACCUGUGUUAGAGUUAGGAUGCAAUUGUAUCGGUAGAUACUUGUGAACUGAUAAAAUAAAGCAUUAAUUGAUGGAUGCUGUUGCAAUUAUAAUUCUAUGGUAGAAGGUGCUCUUGACAUUCAUUGUUUACUUGAUCCGUAAGUUGUCAGUGUAUCAUCUAGUUAGGUUAUUAGUGCAGCAAACAAUUGGUAUGUUAGAUUCUAUAGCACUGUUGUGAAUAGUUUAUCUUCACUUUGAUCUUGUAUGGUGAACAAAUGGUACAUGAGAUUCUAUCGAACUAUUACGAAUGGUUUAUCUGAACUUUGAUAUUGCAUGUGCAUCAUGCUGUUCAGAAUAAUGGAAUUGCCUACUUUGAAAUGUUCGUAAUCAUCCAUUGGUUACUAAGUAUCAAUCAUUGGAAAGCUUGAAAAUACUUUAUCUAGUUCUUUCCAACUGAUUUUUUACGUGGCUUUCAUUUAUAAAUUAUCGCUAUUAUUUAGACUUCAUAACAGGAGGAAAGGAUUUUUGGUGCAAGUAUUGCUCAACAUCUAUGGUGAUGUGUAUGCAAGGCUAUUGGUGGGCUGAUGGCGGUUGUGAGAGUGAAAAUUCUGGUGGUUUAAUGCCACCUGUAUUUGUAUAGCUUAGCAAGCAUUUGGUAUCACCAUGGUAAUGCUCUUGAAAAUUUAGCUGAGAGGUAUAGUGCUUGAGAUGAGUGUUUGUUGUGGCAAAUCCGCUGUAAAUUGCAGAGUGGCUUCAGGAGGAUAUCAGUUGAGGUAACUGAUGGGGAUAACAUAUUCAGAUUUUAUGUUCCUGUUCGCAUUGUUUACAUCUUGAAUUUUGCGGUUCAAAGGUUAUCUGUUUCUGAUAUAGGCUGAAUUUUGACAUUUGAAGCCUUGUCAGCAAGUCAAUUUUUCAACUGUUUAACAAGCUGGGUUGAUCAUAAACGUGGAUGAUUGUAUUGAAUUGACUUAGAGUAAGGUUAGAUGAUUCUGCAAUUCCUUACUAUGGUUGUCCGACAAUUGAUAUCUAGGUCGGAACCCAGAAGGAAGGCCAUAGUUUCCUAUAGGCAUUCUUUAUCAAUAUUCCUAUCAUGUUUCUGUUAUAUUUUUAUGCUUAGGCUCUAGGUUUCUAUUUAUUAGGAUGUUUAAAUGUGUCUGAGCUUAGUUAUCAAAAGAAUAUCAUCGCCUCCAUCAAAGAAAAUCUGUCAUUUUUGGCUAGAGACCAUCUUGGAGUUGUCUUGCAGAUCACAUGGAGAUGGAUUGACUACUUAUGGAUGGUACUUUUGGAGGCAAGUUAUUUUUUUCCUUUUACCUGAAGUCUAUAUCUGAAAUUUGUUGGUUUUCCCUGCCUUCUGAUGUAUCUUUUCAGAAUGGCAUUUCCUAUAUUAGUUAUUCAUAGUUGCACAUCUAUAUUACCUCAGGCAAAAUCUGUAUCAGCCACUUAUUACUUAUUUGAAGAUAGAUUGCCCUUUUGAUUUGUUGGUGGUUUUUUUUUUUUCCUGAGUUUUCAGCUGCAUAAGGUCCAAAUAUUUUUAACAAUGAAGCUAUGCUCAGUUUUGUGUGUCCUUUUUAUCAUGGAGUUGUUAAUUGAUAUGGCUUUCACGUGACCCAUUGUUUUGUGUUGAAACUUGUGAAUUCAGUCUCACCCUGUAAUAGUUACGAGUAUUGUAUUGGAAAGUUCACUGGUCUGAGGAGAUUGGAGAACUUAUUAUAUAAAGGGUUUCGUGUGGAUGAUAAUAUGUGCUCCGAUGUUGCUGAUUUGAAGCUAUCUGUUCUCGAACUGGAUAAGGCGGCGAUGAAGGCAGAGCUUAAACACAAUCUCGGAGUGGUAGAACUCAAACAUCUAGCAAUUAUGACCUGUUGGCAAUUUUUGUGCCAGUUUUGGCUGCAUUUUUGCAAGAUGUACAUUGAAAGUAUGCUGGUCAAGAGGUAUGAUACAUUAGGAUCAUAAUGUACAAUUGGCUAAAUGAUUGUAUGAUUUAUUUGUUUCUUUCAUGUGGUGAUGAAAUCACCAAAGAGUGAUGUAGUUGUUUUAUAUACAAGGAAAAUCCAGCAAAUGGCCAACAUAUAUACGAUCAGAGUGAAAGCACUUGGGUGGAAUAUGAACUGUGGUAUGACAAGGUUAAGGAAGCAAACCAUAGUCUGGAUCAAGCAAGUCUUGACAUUAGGAAUUGCUUUAUUAUUGGAAAAUACUCAUCGUUGAUGCUGUGUAGUGGUGGAAAGUGUGCAGAUUUAAGGUUGGAAAUUGACAAUGACCCUCAUGGCCUUGUGUGAGAGGAAGGGAGAGGGGGUGUGGGGGUGCGGUGGAAACUCUACUUAACAGGAUAUGCAGAAAAUGCUGAGGGUAUGAUGUUACUACCAUUAAGUGUCAUAAAUAUCUAUGAGAGUUGAUUGGCCUACCUCCUAAAUUCUAGAAUCUUUUUCUAGAUAAACAAACGCAUGAUGUUUUUAGGGGUUAAGGUUUGUUCCUAACCUGUCAAGAAUCAAAUAUAGAUACAAUUACUAAUGGAUUGGGUUGAAGGUACCAUUAGCACUGCAUGUCUGGAAUGGGUUGAAGGCCUGGAUCCAAUUUCAUGAUUGCUGUAUUGUAGAUGUCAUGGGGAUUUCGAGGGUUUCAUAUGCAUGCUUAGCUUGCUGGAUAAAUGAUUAGUAAAAAAUUGGCAAUUAGAUCUUGUUGUAGUUAUUCUUGUUUACUUUUUUUUCAAAAAUACCCUUGUUUGCGCGAGAAAAGUGGGAGGGGUGAGUCUUUAGACUGUAGGAGGCUUGUUAGUUGGGACAAUUGUCAACGCUAGUUGAAUGUUAAUGAAAUGGCCCUUCCUUUAUGAUGGAGGUAUGAGAUAUUUAAAAGGUCAGUGAACUCUGAUUUUUCUUAACUAUUUUGGUUUAGAAGAGCUGGAAUUGGUUCAAUAUAGCUAUUUGUAGGAAUAAAUGGGGAAGGAUUAUAAAUCUUCAACUGAGUUUUAUGUAUUUAGGCUGUAUGGUGUUUGUCUGAUUGGAUUUCAUAUAUUUAUGCCAUCCAAAAUAUGCUAGUUGAUAUAUAUCUCUACAAAAUUCAUAAUUACUUGUUAACCCCCUAGACAAGAUUAUUACAUAUACGCCUCUGCAUUCCAAUGUUGAUGACAGCAUUUAUUUUGCAUGCGUAGGGUAUAUUCAACGAUCUUGGGUUUGAAGUGUAUAAUUAUUGCAUAUUUUGCAGGAUGAGGUUUUAUAGGUUUGAUUUAUGCAAUAAACCUUGUUGAAUUUUGUCUUUUUGAUUUUAAUUCAUUGACCACUUUCAUUUUUGUCUUUUUAGGCUGGGAUGUUCCCUGUAUGGCAACCACUUGUUUUAAGGUACAACUUGUUGACUGAAGGGCCCAGAAAGAAACAAAUGAUGUGUUAGAGGUUGGCAACUUAUCCAGCUGGCAUCUUGGGUCUAGGCACAUUUCGAGUUGUUUAAAUCUUUGAAGUUCACAGCAGAGCAUCUUAGUUCAUUUUACCUUGUGGACCUUGACUUCAUGAUAAGCCAACAUGUUGAACUCAAUGAACUCAUCACUGGGGUGACGUUUUUCUGCCAGAGCUGAACUUUGAGCGUCCCCGUAAUGCAGUUAGAUCCUCCAUUGUUCAUGUCCUUCAAGAUCCAUAGCAGCCAUCAUCACAUGAGGAUGCUGCUCCGAGCAAGAGUUAGCAGAUAGGAAGCCGUUAAUUGAGUGCUUGCUCCUACCGGACCAGAUACUCAGUAUUCUUGCAUCCAAUUUGUGAUGAAGUCGUCAUUUGAUGAAACUGAGGAAUUUGCUCAGUAAGCACAGUGACGGUACCGAUUGGUUCUAUUUAUUGUUUGGUUGAGAAUUCAAGUUUUGAAGCAGUACUGUCAGACUGAUCCAGUUCAAAUAUGUGCUACGAUGAUAAUAACUUAUGUAAUACUAAUAAACACCGCCACCACAAACAAAGCUAAGUUAAUAAGUGUAUAUGCUUAGCAGCAUAUAUGGAAGGCACAGGGAAGGAAUAUGUAUAUUUUCUACUGCAGAUAUGUGUUUUUCGUUUCAUCA